UGUAACACGUAAACUCCAGCGGAGGGAAAAUAAUACGAUGCCACCUGCUCAGAAAUCAGCUCUGGUCCUGUGCAUGGAUGUGGGCUUCUCCACGUCCAACACUGCUCCUGGGGAAGAGUCUCCCUUUGAUCUUUCUAAAAAGGUCAUCCAGAAGUUUGUCCAGCGCCAGGUUUUCAGAGAAUCUAAGGAUGAACUGGCCGUAGUCCUGUUUGGUACAGACUCCACUGAGAAUAGUCUGGAACAGGAUGGCAUGUACCAGAAUAUUAUGGUGCGUCGUCACCUCGUGAUACCAGAUUUUGCGCUUCUGGAGGAAAUUGAACAUCAGAUCCACCCAGAAAGUCAGCAGGCAGACUGGCUGGAUGCUCUUGUGGUCAGCAUGGAUCUUCUUCAGAGGGAAACUCAGGGGAAGAAGUACGAUCGUCUUAACAUUGUCCUCUUGACUGACCUCAACACCCCGGCCAGUCAAGACAACCUGGAUAUUAUUAUAAAAAAACUGAAACAAGAGAACAUCACCCUGCAGUUCUUUUUGCCUUUCCCAGUGGAGGAAGAGGAAGAGGAGGAUGAGGAAGGUCAUGGACAAGGGGACAGAAGAGGCCCUGGUCAUCCAGGUACUGGCAAAGGUCUGUCCAGGGAACAGAAGAACGGCAUGGACAUGGUGAAGCAUAUCAUGCUAAGCUUGGAUGAAGAGGAGGGCCUGGAUCAAAUUUAUACCUUCAGGAAUGCAAUCGGGCAGCUUUGUAUGUAUACACGCAUUGAGAGGAGACCCAUGACCUGGCCCUGUCAGCUGACUAUCGGCAGCUCUCUGUCCAUCCGAAUUAAUGGCUACAAAGCAGUGACUCAAGAGAGUCUGAAGAAAACAUGGAUCACAGUCGAUGCUCAAACCAACCAGAAGGAUGACGUAAAGAGAGAGACAGUCUACUGCCUGGAUGAUGACAAUGAGACAGAGGUGCAGAAGGAUGACACCAUUCAAGGUUUUCGUUAUGGAAGCGACAUUGUUCCCUUCUCCAAAGUUGACCAAGAGCAGAUGAAAUACAUGCAUGAUGGGAAGUGCUUCGCCGUACUGGCUUUCACCAAACAGAAUUUGGUACUUCGGCAUCAAUUCAUGGGAACACAGGUCCUCAAGAUAUUUGCUCCCGCGGAUGAUGAGCAUGCAGGAGUCGCUUUGUCAGCUCUUAUUCGCGCGCUGGACGAACUCAAAAUGGUGGCCAUAGUACGUUACGCCUACAACAAGUGCAGCCACCCUCAAGUGGGCGCAGCUUUCCCGUGUAUCAAGGCAGAUUAUGAGUGUCUGAUGUACGUCCAGCUGCCCUUCGCUGAAGAUCUCAGACAAUUUACAUUUCCUUCUCUAGAAAACAAUAAAAAGAUCAGUCCAUCAGAGGCGCAACUGUCAGUUGUCGAUUCUCUCAUUGACUCUAUGAUGCUGGAAGAAAAAGAUGAGAAUGGAGAUCUGAAAGACCUGUUGAAGCCCCACCACAUCCCCAACCCUUCUUUCCAGAGGCUCUUCCAGUGUCUCCAUCAGCGGGCCGUGAACCCCGGCACCCCUCUCCCCGACAUGGAGCCAUGGCUGAAGGCUGUGCUUGAUCGCCCCGAGGUCAUUCAGGAACGCUGCAAAGCUCCAUUAGAAGAGCUGAAGAGGAAGUUUCCACUUACUGAAGUGGAGAAGAAAAAAAAGAUCAAAACUAGCGCUCAGAUUUUUGGCAAAAAUUCUGGGGAGCUGGAUGCAAAGAAGGCAAAGGAAGACGAAGCAGAAGAGGAGUACAACCUUGCUGACAUCGCUGAAGGCUCUGUAACUUCUGUGGGAAGUGUGGACCCAGCUCGAGACUUCUGCACUCUGAUCAGGCAGAAGAGUCUUCCGUUUGGAGAGGCCUGUCAGCAGCUGACUCAUAGGAUAGAGCAGUUGCUUAGCAACAAGAACACGCACUACUACAUGAAAAGCAUCACCUGUAUCCAGGCGUUCAGAGAACAGUCCGUUAAGAAGGGGAAUGCUGAUCUGUACAACAGCUACCUCCAGUCCCUAAAAAGGAGCAUUCCCAACAGAGGUUUAGAGGUCUUCUGGGACCUGCUUGUUCAAGAUUGUCUUACCUUAAUCAGCAAGGAUGAGGUUGAAGGAAGCACCAUCUCGAAAAAUGAAGCUAAUCAGUUUCUGGUGGUGGAAGAGAAGAAAGAAGUGGCAGCUGCACCACCAGCUGAGGAUAUUGGAGAUGUUGAUGACUUGUUUGACAUGAUGUAAUGAGGGAGGCAAGGAGGAGGGUCUGCAGAAAUCUGAGGAAUUUAAUCUUUCAACACAGCCAGGUCAAACUAUUUCGGCCGUCCAUUAUUCCAUCACAUGAUACUUGUAAUGUGUGACUUGUAACAUGAUGCAUGCAUGUUGCACAAAUCCUAGUUCAAUGUACCUAUACCUUUUCCAAAUAAUGUUUGCAAUACUGAUAUGUAAAAUGACUAAAAACUGUUUUGGGUACUAGAGUUUUGUCCCUCGUCUUAAGGGUAAAGUCACCUUGUAAUUCCAUUUUAGUGUGCUGAUGCAGCGAGUGUCUCAACAUCAACAUUUUUGUGAACCAAAAACGCCUUUUAUUUUGUUAAAUCUCGUUGACAAAGAAAGUAUCACUUGUGAUUGCAAAUGUUAUUUUUAUUAAAACUUUUUUUGGACAAA